CUUGAUCAGAUUACCGAUGAAGCUGAUAAUGAAAUUGGUUGCUGUGCAGCAAAUUUCGUAAAGUCUUGGAUUGCCGGAAUUGAUGCUCUUGAAAACGGUCUUUAUCAACUAUCAGUGCAAUUGGAAAAGGAGCAGAAAGCAAUUAAUAAUGUGGCGGAUCAUUUUUCGGAGAGCGUGGGACUGAUAAAUGAAAUGCAUGAUAACUUAAAGGAGCAUGAAAGUUUACUCAAGAAG